AUGUACAUUACAAUAUUCCUUUUCAUGUUCAGUCUCUCUCUGUUGGGCCCUUUGACUGGAGCAGAGGUCUUGGCACUGGAUGGCGUGGAGGUUGGAGGAACCACAGGCAUUGCAGAGGUGGGUGAGCCAGUCAUGGGUGGCACGGUAGGCAUCACCGCUCCGGGAGAGGGUGCCACGGAGGGGAUUGCGCUAGGUGGGGCAGUGGAGGGGAUCUUUGAUGGUGCGGUGCUCAAAGAGGGUGCUACGGAGGGGACUGCGGAGGGCACCACGGAGGGUGUCAUGGAGGGAUCCCAGGAAGGGACCACGGAGGGUGUCAUGGAGGGAUCCCAGGAAGGGACCACGGAGGGUGUCAUGGAGGGAUCCAAGGAAGGGACCAUGGAUGGUGUCAUAGAGGGAUCCAAGGAAGGGACCAGGGAGGGGACCGUGGAGGGUUCGGCGGAGGGAGGAGGAGGAGGGGACAUGAUUACAGUGACAGCCUGCAAAGAGCUCAAGUGA